CAAUCUACAAGGAACAUAAUCAUAUAUAAUACUUCUUCCUUUAAUCUUCUUCAUUCAUCACCGCUGAUCUUUCAUCGAUCACCACCUUUUCCAUCUCCAAUGGCCAUUUCCUUAUCCCACACAGUCCUCCCCUUCAAAAAGCUCCACAGAAAUGCUUCCUCAACCCUAAACUACUCUCAUCCCUUUGGAUCAAACCUCAGUCUCCCCAUCGCCACCACCACCACUCUAUGCAGGGUUGUCUCGAAACGCAGCGACUCCCUAACCUCCAUAAUCACCGAGCUUGAAAAAGAACGAGCCAAAGUCGACAUAGACGAAAUAUAUCUGGAAGACGAUAUUGAGGACUCAGCUAUCACCCAUGUCGGCCACAACAACAACAUCAGGGAUGAGCGUCGAUUAUCCGACGUGUGGCGGGAGCUCCACGGCGAGGACGACUGGGUGGGGCUGCUGGACCCGAUGGACCCGCUCCUCCGCUCGGAGCUCAUCCGCUACGGCGAGAUGGCACAGGCCUGCUACGACGCCUUCGACUUCGACCCCUUCUCCAAGUACUGCGGAAGCUGCCGCUUCACCCGCGCCAACUUCUUCGACUCCCUCGGCAUGGCUCACCACGGCUACCACGUCUCCCGCUACCUCUUCGCCACCUCCAACAUCAACCUCCCCAACUUCUUCAAGAAGUCGCGCUGGCCCAAAGUCUGGAGCAAGAACGCCAACUGGAUCGGCUACGUCGCCGUCUCCGACGACGAUACCACCGCGCGUCUCGGCAGGCGUGACAUCAGCAUCGCGUGGAGGGGGACGGUGACGCGGCUCGAGUGGAUCGUGGACUUGAUGGACUUUCUGAAACCGCUCUCCAAGAAUAAGAUCCCCUGCCCCGACCCGGAAGUCAAAGCCGAAUCCGGGUUCCUGGAUCUUUACACCGACAAGGACGAGACGUGUAGGUUCUGUACUUACUCAGCCAGGGAGCAGAUUCUGACGGAGAUUAAACGGCUGGUAGAGAAGUAUCGUAACGAGGAGCUUAGCAUUACGAUCACCGGGCAUAGUCUCGGCAGCGCGUUGGCGAUUCUGAGCGCGUAUGAUAUAGCCGAGACAGGUCUGAACGUCAUGGCGGACGGUCGGGUCGUGCCGGUAUCCGUUUUGUCGUUCUCCGGUCCUCGGGUGGGGAAUGUUCAUUUUAAGGAGAGACUAGAGGCGUUAGGUGUGAAGGUGUUGAGGGUGGUGAAUGUGCAUGAUGUGGUGCCUAAGAGUCCAGGGUUGUUGAUUAAUGAGAAAGUGCCGGCGAUGGUGCUUAAGUUGACUGAGAAUUUGCCGUGGAGUUACUCGCACGUCGGAGUUGAGCUCGAGUUGGAUCAUAAGAAUUCGCCGUUCUUGAAGCAGACUAAUGAUCCGGUUUGCGCUCAUAACUUGGAAGCUCACUUGCAUUUGCUUGACGGAUACCAUGGAAAAGGCCAUAGAUUUGUGCUGGCAAGUGGAAGAGACCCUGCACUCGUGAACAAGGCAUCUGAUUUCUUGAAAGAUCAUUACUUGGUACCUCCUUUCUGGAGGCAAGACGAGAACAAGGGCAUGGUGAGGUGCAAGGACGGGCGUUGGAUACAACCCGAGAGGCCGAAGCUCGACGAUCACCCCGAAGACAUUCGCCACCAUCUCAAGCAAUUAGGACUUGUUUCCGAUGAAGAAUCGGAUCAGAAACAAUGAUCUAGGUGUCUUCUUAUACGUGGUGUAGAAAACUGUAAAUUAUGUAUGGGGUACUAUUGCUACAUAAUAUAUCUACAACAAUUAAUCAAUGAGUGAUGGGACAAUAUAUAUGGUUCGAACAAAGUAAUGACGGUAAAUGUAAGUGGCUGAUCAGUGACGGUGGCUAUUGAUUGCUUAUUUAUGUGUACAAAUAUAGCUAUGCCUAGCUAUCAUUUGAUUUGAUUU